AUCCCAAGAUAAUUUUGGUCUGGAUUAUCGGAAACCCCCAUCUCUCUCUAUUUCCUAAAAAAUCUCAGCCUUCACACCCAUUCCUUCGAUUUCGCACUGCGAUCUAUGGCGUCUGGUUCAGCAGGCCGCCCUAAUUCCGCCCCCAAAUCGUUUGAUUUUGGUUCUGAUAAUAUCCUUUGCUCAUUUGAGGACUACACUAAACAGGAACCUUCAAACGGUAGCCAUAGCGAUCCAGUCUCCGUUGCCAAUUCUAGCAAGGAUUUUCACAAGAGUAGAAUGUCUACUGUAUUCCCUGGUGCUGCAUAUGGUCAACCAGAUGAUUCCAUUAAUCAAGAUGUGAUUGCUACUGUUGAGAACAGCAUGAAAAAGCAUUCUGAUAACCUUUUGCGUUUUCUCGAGGGGAUAAGUUCACGCCUAUCACAACUUGAACUGUAUUGCUACAACCUUGAUAAAUCUGUUGGAGAAAUGCGGUCUGACUUGGCCCGUGACCAUGAAGAGGCAGAUUCGAAGCUUAAAUCUAUUGAGAAGCAUGUACAAGAGGUUCACAGAUCUGUACAGAUUAUCAGAGACAAGCAAGAGCUUGCUGAGACUCAAAAAGACUUGGCUAAACUUCAGGUCCCACAGAAAGAGCCAUCUUUGUCGAGCCAUUCGCAGACAAAUGAGGAGAGGGUUUCAACUGAUCCUAAAAAGAACGAAAAUCCAUCUGAGAUUCACAACCAGCAAUUAGCUUUGGCCUUGCCACAUCAGAUCGUCCCGCAGCAAAAUCCUAUGACACCCCCUUCAGCAGCUUUGCCUCAGAAUGUGCCUCAACAACACCAAUCUUACUACAUUUCUUCAUCCCAAUUGCCUGGUCAACAACCAUCCCAUAUCCAGCAUGCUCAGAACCAGUAUAUCUCAUCUGACUCCCAUCACCGGGCAUCACAACCUCAAGACGUUUCGCAGAUGACCAAUCCCCAGCUAAGUCAAACUCCACAACCAUUUAAUCAGUACCAACAACAAUGGGCGCAGCCACCAUCUCAGCCGGCACAACCACCACAACAGGCUUCUAUGCAACCUCAGAUCAGACCACCGCCUACUUCAGUCUACCCUUCUCCUUACCCACCAAAUCAACCAACUUCUAUGCCAGAGACUCUGUCAAGCAGCAUGCCUAUGCAAAUGUCUUUUGCAUCUAUUCCUCAACCUGGUUCAAGCCGUGCGGAUGCAGUGCCUUAUGGGUAUGCUGCUGCAAGUGGUGGUUCUGCUCCACAGCAACCUCCUCAAGUGAAAAAUGCUUAUGGACCAGCAACAGGCGAGGGCUAUAUGCCUCCUGGACAACAGCCUGCGCUAUCCUCUGGAGGAGCAUAUAUGAUGUAUGAUAGGGAAAGCGGAAGACCGCCACACCAUCUCCCUCAACAGCCACAUCAUCCGUCUCAGCAAUCCCACUUCAAUCAAAGUGGAUAUCCUCCGGCCAAUGCACCUCCUCAGGUUCCUCCUCAAGCUCCAACAGGCCCCCAUGUCUCAGCCAGGAAUCCAAGUCAUUCACAUUUAAUCGAAAAACUGGUUGGCAUGGGUUUCAGGGGCGACCAUGUUGCCAGUAUAAUUCAGAGAAUGGAGGACAGUGGGCAAACGGUCGACUUCAACGCAGUUCUAGACAGAUUGAGUACUCCUGCAGGUCCAGGGCCCCAAAGAGCGUGGUGAGUAAUUUAAUCAACCCCUGUUUGCGGCCCAUCCUGGGCAUGACCAGCCUCGUAAAUUGCAUCGUUUUAAUGCAUCGAAUAAAAUUUAUCCUCGUACAUAUAUUGUUAUGGUUUGUGAGAUUUAAAAAUGUCGGCUGUAUAAUUUAAACAUUGUGUGAAUAUCUUCUACCUGCUAUUUCAAAUCUUUUCAUA